UCAGAACAGCAGCUUUUGAGAUCACUUUGGAAAGAGGAUGAUCCUAAACAGAGCUCUAAUCCUUUGGGCCGUUGCUCUGACCACCGUGAUGAGCCCCUGUGCAAGUGAAGACAUUGUGGGUAUAACUUUAUACUUUUUAUUUAACAAAGACUGUUUUCUUACCACAGAGGUUCCUGAUGUGACUGUGUUUCCCAAAACACCUGUCAUGCUGGGUAAGCCCAACACACUCAUCUGUCUUGUGGACAACAUCUUUCCUCCUGUGAUCAACAUCACAUGGUUGAGCAAUGGGCACUUGGUCACAGAAGGUGUCUCUGAGACCAGCUUUCUCUCCAAGAGUGAUCAUUCCUUCCUCAAGAUUGCUUACCUCACCUUCCUCCCUUCUGAUGAUGAUGUUUAUGACUGCCAAGUGGAGCACUGGGGCCUGGACAAACCAUUUCUGAAACACUGGGAACCUGAGAUUCCAACUCCUAUGUCAGAGCUGACAGAGACUGUGGUCUGUGCCCUGGGGUUGGCCGUGGGCCUCGUGGGCAUCAUUGUGGGGACAAUCUUCAUCUUUCAAGGCCUUCGCUCAGGUGGUACCCGCAGACAACCAGAGUCCUUGUGAGUCAUACCUACAAGGGAAGGUACACUGCCCAUCUCUAGGAGCAGAAGAAUAGACGUGCAACAUGAUCUAGCCUAUUUUUAGCCUAGUGCAUCGUAUUCUUUCUCUUCUUCAAAUGUCCCUCCUUUCACCUCUUCUCUGGGACCUAAGGUGCUGUAUACCCUCAGAGCUCAGAUACCCUUGGAAUUCUCCUUCUAAUCUCCUUUCUUAUUCUUUUUUCAAAUGUUACCUAUGAUAGAAUCCCUGGAAUAAUUCACCCAUCUUCUGAAUCCCUUAGUGGUCCUGUUUCAAUAUCUCCAUGGAAACAAUAAAUUUCCUUUUAUAUGGUC